ACGUCAGCUGCUCCAGCAGAUAAACAAUCAUGGCGGACUCUGAAGCGGAAGGUCCCGUUUACUUUGCUAUUAGUAAAAUCCCUGUAGCCUUUCACUCUGCGGACCUGAGGAAUUAUUUUAGCCAGUUUAUAGAAAGCGGCGGUUUUCAAUGUUUUCACUACCGCCACCGACCGGAAGUCCUCAGAGAGUCCGAGCGACCCGAGACGGGCACGGAGAGUGGAGACGGUAAAGAUGGAGGAGAAGAAGAAGAAGGAGAUGAAGGCAGCCUUAAAUCCUCAGACGCCGACAAGCUAACAAAACACAACUCUGCGACGAAGCAGGGGGUGAAGUCGUGUUGCUGUAUAGUCUCAGUUCACGCUAAAGAUGCUGACAGGUUCACCAAGAUGUAUGCGGGGAAUCACUGGAUUGACUCGAAGGGAAACUGGCUGUCCAGGCGCUGUGUUAUCAAAAGAGUAAAAGUUUCAAAUGACAAAGAUGAGGGGUCAUUCCCAUAUAAAACAAAGCACGAGCAGCGGCACCGCGUGUCCUUAACGGAGCAUUUCACAGAGGCCGACCUCAAAAGCUUAUCCGAGCUGAAUCCACCCUCUCUAAUGCAGAAUGGAAACGUAGGCACGCCGGUGAAGGUGUUUCUCCAGCUCAUCCAGUCCUGCCGCCUGCCUCCACGCCUCAUUCGGAAGUUGGGCCUCACUUUCCCCAAGACCGGCUCCAACCGCCGUUACGGCAACGUACCGUACCAGUACCGCAACACGUGGACGCUUCCAGCCACAGAAGAGACUGUAAUGACGGCUGCUGGACAUGAGAUAUCAGGGCCGGGCACUUUUGCUACAACAUCGUCAAGGUCAAGACAGCUGGGUGAUCGCACAGAAACGACAGGGGCCGAUGAGGAGCAGAACUUAGAGGAGGAAGAGGAUGCACAGUCAAAUGCAGAUGAUGAUGAUGACUGCUGUGAGGAGUGGGAGCGUCACGAGGCUUUGCAUGAAGAUGUAACAAGCCAGGAGCGAAGUAAAGAGAGACUGUUUGAAGAAGAGAUUGAGUUGAAGUGGGAAAAGGGGGGCUCAGGACUUGUGUUCUACACCGACGCUCAGUACUGGCAGGAGGAAGAAGGAGAUUUUGAUGAGCAAACAGCAGAUGACUGGGAUGUUGACAUGAGUGUUUACUACGAUAAAGAUGGAGGCGACAUGGAUGCUCGUGACUAUGUCAGAAUGCGGUAUGAAAAGCGACUGAGGGAGGGUCUCGAAGAUGGAUCAGGGCACAAUCAGUCUAUUGGCAACUUUGAGAGGUUCACUAAGGGCUUUGGCCGUCGCGUGAUGGAGAAGCAGGGCUGGAAGGACGGUGAAGGACUGGGGAGCAGUCAGGUUGGGAUUCCUGAAGCCCUCGAGGGCGAAGGCCAGCAUCCCCGCUGUAAAAGAGGCUUUGGGUAUCAUGGAGAGAAAUUGUUGUUACAUCCUGGAAAAAAGGCCAGAACAGAUUUCCAUAUAUCUACAGUGUAUGAUAAACCGAAAGACAUUGAUGGAGGCGACACAUUGCUGAGACGCCAACCUAACACCAGCUUGAAGUACAGAGGAUGGCUCCCAGGUGGCAGCAUUGGACCAAAGAGAUGACGUCGAUUCAAUUUUUAAAAUAUAUUUAUAUAAAUACUGUUGUGUAUUAUGUGUUUUUUGACUAGCUUUGAUAUUAAAAUAUUUUUUCAAGUCA